AUGGCAGGGAGACAUCGUGUUCCACGUGAAGCGAUGAAUGACCGGCGCGGUUACCCUCUCGAAGGACCUUUUGGUCGAGGUCCUCCAAUGCGACCACUUCCUCAUCCUGCAGUGUUGGAGGAAGAACUUGAAAUGCAACAUGCUGAAAUUCGAAGACUCUUGGCUGAUAACCGGAGGCUGGUUGAGGACCGAAUGACAUUGCAGCGUGAGCUUGGUGCUGCCAAGGAGGAAAUUCAUAGGAUGAAUGUUGCCUUUUCAGAUAUUCGUGCCGAAGAAGAAUUGCAAUCAAGGGAGCUCUUUGAGAAAGGCAGGAAAUUGGAGGCUGAUCUUCGGGCCACUGAGCCCUUGAAAAAUGAGGCUAAACAACUUCGUUCUGAAGUUCAGAAGCUGAAUAAUGUUAGGAAGGAACUUUCCACUCAAGUUCAGACCCUCACACAGGACGUUGCGAGGUUGCAAUCAGAUAAUCAACAGAUUCCUCUACUAAGGGCUGACAUUGAUGGUCUGCACCAGGAGCUUAUGCGUGCUAGAAAUGCAAUCGAUUAUGAGAAGAAGGCGAAUAUUGAGCUUAUGGAACAAAGACAGGCAAUGGAGAAGAACCUAGUUUCUAUGGCUCGUGAAGUUGAGAAACUACGCGCAGAUCUUGCUAGGACAGAUGGUAGACCAUGGGGUGCAGGUGGACAAUAUGGGAUGAAUUUCAGCAGCCCAGAGGUUGCUUUUCCUCCUGCAUAUGGAGAUGGCUAUGGGAUGCACAUGGGUGUUGCUGAUAAAGGGCCUAUGUAUGGGCCAGGUCCAGCUUCAUGGGGAGGACCUGAAAAGCCUCGCAUGACUCGUCGUUGA